AUGUCGCAGUCAGCGUUAGGACUCGGCGGGGAGCGGCGGUACUCCGUGCCCUCGAACCCGCUGAUGCACGACCCCCGUGGCAUGCACUCGGAAGAUCUGCACGCGUGGUCCAUAUACAGGCAGAAUCUGAAUUCCGACUUCACGGAUAGUGCUUUAGGUAGUACUGACAAGAGUCCACUUCCUUACGGCAAUUUCCAGCUGCGAGAUACCACGGUACAGUCAAUACUGUCACAUCCUAGAUAUGGACCCAAAUCAGCACUUGGUUCGAAUAUGUACACGUAUCUGAAGUUCGGUCUGCCACGAGUGUUUCCACCCAAUCACAACGGUUCGCAAUGCUCCGGUACUCCCAAGCCCAAGACUUCUAUUGGAAGUGGCAUGAAACCAGUUCCCAGAAUCCACCGUCAAAGUCGAGGUUUAAGAGAAACAUCAUCAGGUUACGACAGUUCAGACAACGAAACUACCACCAAUUAUAAGUACAGUCGCAAAUACCGUUCCGAUCCAGAUUUUCGAAUGCAAAACUUACACACAUCACAUCAGCACGGCACGGGAAUUCCUGUAGUUGCUAUGCAGCAAGCCGGCAUUAGAGGCGAGGGACAGUGGACUAAUGCCCGGAAUAAGUCUGUCAGUGAAGCCAAUUUAUUGGGGAUAGACGCCAGACCACCACGGAGCCAUUACAACAGACGGAACAGUGUUGCAGACUUUGUGCCAGAUAAUGAUCACCAUAGUUACUUGAUGUCACCAUCACACCUAGGCGGCCGCAUGUCAAAAGCUGGAAGUCACGCAUCUCUGUCACAUUCUCGAAAGCACUCUACGUUGCGGCCUGCAGAUCACCUAGAUGGAUAUACACAUUCCGCAUACAUUUAUCCGAACUAUUACGUUAAUAAUUUAGAAAUCACCUCACCAGACAACAAGUCGACGUUACUUGUAUCAGGAUUAAGCUUUGAAGUAAAAUCGGGCGAAAUAUUGGCGGUAUUGGCUACAUCACAUUAUGAAGCAACUGGUCUUCUAGACGUCUUAGCUGGCGUUAGAAAGAAAUUAUCUGGAGACAUAGUAAUAAAUGGACAACCAGUGGCGUCAUCGACCCUUCGGAAAGUGACGGCAUAUGUCCGGAACGAUACGAACCUCUGUCCGUCCAUGACGGUCGAGCAUACCCUACGGUUUCACGCGAAGUUGAAACGACCACGAAAUAACCAUAACCAAGUCAAGAUGGAUGAUAGAGAUAGAAUAAAUCUACUCAUAGAAGAGUUAGGCCUAGAACAAGUAAGAGACACGAAUAUAUGUCGGUUGACGAGAUCCGAAUUACGAAGACUAAACGUAGCAUGUCAGCUGCUCCAGGACAUGGCGAUAUUAAUACUGGAUCAACCCACCAAGGAGAUGGAUAUAUUUGAUACGUUCUUCUUAGUGGAAUACCUUAGGAACUGGGCAAGCACAGGACGGGUGGUUAUAAUGUCUCUCCACCCACCAACUUAUGAAAUAUUCGCAAUGCUAACUAAGGUGGUGCUUAUUUCGGCUGCCAGGACGAUGUACAGUGGAUAUAGAAGAGACAUGUUGCCAUAUUUCACUUCCAUCGAUUAUCCAAGUCCCGCAUUUAAAAAUCCUUCCGAUUACUACCUGGACCUGGUAACGCUGGACGACUUGUCCGCGGCGGCGAUGCUGGAGUCGUCAGGCCGCAUCGAGGCGCUGGCGGGCGUGUUCGCGGGCGCGCACGCCCCGCCCGAGCCGCCGCCCCCCGUGCCGCUGCCCGCGCCCGCCGCGCCCCCCACUGUGCUGCACCAGACCUUCGCACUUGUAGAGAAAAGUCUGGUAUUUACUCAGAUGACGACGCUAUCCAAUGUGGUGACGAGGAUCCUACUCGCGAUCAUCAUGUCUCUUGUUACGGGAACAAUAUUCUGGGAUCUGCCUACUACUGAUGCUAAACUGACACAGAAUGACCGCGUCGGGUUCCACUACGCGGUGUGCUGCCUGUCGCUGUGGCCGGUGCUGCUGUGGCUGGGCGCGCGCGAGGCCAGCUCCACCAGGCGGCACGUGGAGAGGGACAUCGCCGUCGGCCUCUACUCCAGGACUGUCUUCAUACUGUUCGACCAAUUUCUGGAGUUGUGGUCGGGCGUGUUAACAUGGCUGGCAUAUUUAGUACCCAGUUAUGCCAUGUCGGGUCUAUACGCACAAUCACAAGGAACCUUUGACGGAUUUUAUAUUUAUUUAGGCUACAUGGUGCUAUAUUUAAUCAGUAUACAAAUGCUGUGCCGAGCGUUGAUAUUCCUCGUGCCAAUGGAAAGAACCUCAACUAUAUUCUCUGGUUUCUGUCUCCUGCUCGGCAUUCUCGUCAACGGCGCUUUACUUCAUCAAGCGGAUCUGCCUCAGUAUGUGAGGUGGUUGGAGUAUGUUUCGCCAUCUAAAUGGCUAUUGCCAGAAUUGCUCAAUAAAGAGUUGAGCGAUACAGCGCUUAAGAACAGCAUUAGUAAGGAGAUUAGGUGUACUAAUAAGCAGAGACCUUACCAGGACAUAAUAGUGCAAUCACCCUGCCCACCGCCGAACGGAAAACAAGUACUAUCAAACUUCGCUUACCUCGAAACCGACAAGAUAUGGGAAUGGACAAAUGAAGGCGUACUCGUCGCGUUAGCCAUCUUCUACGGCGUUUUCGCUCUAGUCGGAAUAUUUGCCUUCGUUCUAGAUUGCACAAAGUACAUGAAGAAGAAGCAUAGAGCAUCUUUAAAAGGUCAUAAAGUCACUAUGAAUACGCCUUGA